AUGACAGGUCAGAAACUCCCCACAGCUGCAUUAGCGUGCUCAGAAUCGGGCCUCAGCUGGUGCUGUGAGUCGGAACUUCCUGGAGAAGUAUUGAAACGGCACAGGUGCCAACCAAGACAACCUCAAGACAUCGCUAACACUGCGCGGACCUCUCACGCAACUCGCGAACACAAAGAAAGCUACACGACUCUAGAAGGAAGACUGAAAGUGGUACGAAUGCUGGGAUCUUUGAUUUGA